AUGAAUAUUCGUCAGCAAUUGACUCAAUUUUUAUCAUUAGCUUAUGUUUUCACAUCAGCUUUUAUAGUAUGGAAAUCUUUAUCAAUAAUAGCUAAUUCUCAUUCUCCAAUAGUUGUGGUUUUAUCUGGUUCAAUGGAACCUGCUUUUCAAAGAGGUGAUAUUUUAUUUUUAUGGAAUCGAAAUAAUUUACAAAAAGUUGGUGAUAUUGUUGUUUAUGAAAUUGAAGGUAAAAAUAUCCCAAUUGUUCAUAGAGUAAUGAGAGAACAUCAUAAUUUUGAAAAACAAUUAUUAUUAACAAAAGGUGAUAAUAAUGCAGUUGAUGAUAUUUCUUUAUAUUCAAAAAAACAACAAUAUUUAAAUUCAAAAACGGAUUUAGUUGGUACUGUAAUUGGUUAUUUACCAUUUGUUGGUUAUAUUACUAUUUUAAUUACUGAAAAUGUUUAUUUUAAGUAUGGUUUAUUAGGUAUAUUGGGUUUAAGUUCUUUAAUAUCAAAUGAAUAG